AUGUGCCGCCGCUCGUUCCGCACCGAGCGCAACCUCCGGCUGCACGUGGAGCGGCUACACAAGGUGGCCAGCGAGGAGCAGCAGCCCGUGGCGGCUCGCGUAUGGUGUCCACCCUGCUGCUGCCUGCUGGCCGCCUCGGACGCCGCCGGCCACGUGACGGCCCAGCACGCCGGCCGGCUGUACUGCGGCUGCUGCGACGUCAGUCUGGCCGACCCCGCCGAGGCGGCCGACCACCUGGUGUCCGCCCACACGUCCAACUACAUGUGCAUCGUCUGUUUGCAGAUGUACAGCCGACAGGAGCAGCUCAUCGACCACAUGAACGCCAGCCACGACUCGGCGCCGGUUGAUCCGGAGCAGCCGGACGCGUCCGACCCGGUGGCGGCCGUGUACGGCGAGCUGGUGCGCCGGCUGGAGACACGCGCCCGCCGCCUCCAGCUCAGCCUGCUGGGACGCACGGCCGUCCGCUGCCCGUACUGCACGCAGACCUGCUCCCUCCACUACCUGCGCACGCACCUCUACAAACAUAAGACGGCCGGCUUCCGCUGCCGGGUCUGCGAGAAGCGCUUCAAGUUCCCCGUGUCGUUCCAGAAGCACCUGCUGCUGCAUGCCGGCCGCGCCGACAAGUGUCCGCACUGCGAUAGCGUCUUCACGGGCCGCAGCGGGUUGCGCAGCCACCUGCGCACGCACAGCGCCGAGCGCUGCUUCGCCUGCGAUCUCUGCCAGAAGCGGUUCAAGUUCAAGCAGACGUGCGACGCCCACCGCCGGCGCGCGCACGGCGGCGGCGCGGCCAAGGUGUGCCACGUGUGUGGCGCCGAGUUUCGGCUGCAGUAUCAGCUGACUGUGCACCUGGCGCGCCACCGCAACGGCCGCACGCUCCGCUGCCCGCUCUGCCCGCGCCUCUACGAGCUCAACCUCGACCUCAAGCGCCACCUGUACAGCAAGCACAAGCUCAAGGUGGCUGAGGCCGAGCGGCCGCCGUCGGUAGCGCCCGAGAGCGCGGCCGCCGCACCGCUCGAGGUGGACCGACUGGUAGCGACGCCAGCUGAGAUGCUGUCCGCCAAUGGUGCACCUGUCCUGCUGCUGGUGGAUGGUGCAGACGUGGGCGUGCUGGUGCGGGAUGUCCUACCCACCUCCUCAGAAGCAUUCUCUUGA